AUGGUACGGCCAGAUUUCAAAUGGGAAAACUUGGACUCAGGAAACCUAUACAAUUUUGUGAGUGCAAAGAAAAUGACUGGCCCCAAAAGACAGAAUUCUCCAAGGGGAGAGGUUGGAGAGAUUGACACAAGGGCACCAUUCCAAUCUGUCAAAGCUGCUGUUAGUUUAUUUGGGGAGGUAGCCACAAGAGACAGAUUUUCUUUCAAGAGAAGAUCAUCAGAGGUAUGCAUCAAACGUUAA